AUGACCCCUAUGCAGGUGUCUGAAGAAUUUUUACAGCUUGAACGUCAUGUUAUAACUGUUCAUCUGCGCAUUGAUAAAGCACUUCUAAUUAGAACCCUUGAUCUGAUUGUCCAGAUGAUGACACAAACAUCAUUUCUGUGCAUCAUUUUCCUCCUGCACACAAGGACUUUCACUCAAUGCAGCAGCAGAAGCCCACACUCUCCACUUCAUGAGCUUCACCAGCCAGGGGACCUCUUUGUGGGUGGCAUCGUUUUUCAUGCCUUCAUCUUGUCCCAGCCAAUAGACUUCACAGACUAUCCCCCACCUACUUGUUCUGAAGAUAUUACUGUCCUGACUAAGAAUUAUCAGCACAUCCUAGCUUUUGUAUUUGCUGUGAAAGAGCUCAAUGAAAACCCAAAGAUCUUACCCAAUGUCACUCUGGGAGUCCACAUCUAUGACAGUUAUUUUCAUGCUGAAUGGACCUAUCAAUCCACAAUGCGACUCCUCUCCACACCAAGGAGAUUUGUCCCCAACUACAAAUGUGACUUCCAGAACAACCUCUUAGCUGUCAUUGGUGCACUAGAUGCACCGAUCUCCCUUGAUGUGGCAGUCAUCUUGCAUAUCUACAAGAUUCCACAGCUCAUCUAUGGCUCCACUCCGGUAAUGAAUGAUAAAAUCCCUGGUCUGCUCUUCUACCAGAUGGCUCCAAAAGAGUCUCUACAGUAUAUAGCUAUUUUAAAAUUACUUCUGCAUUUUAAGUGGACGUGGAUUGGGAUCCUUUACGCAGAUGAUGAAAAUGGGCAGAGAUUUGUGCAAUCUGAAUUGGAGCUUUUCCCCCAGAAUGGUAUCUGUGUUGCCUUCAUGGAAAGAUUCCCCGACUCACCCUUUCUCUCUGGACAUGAGGAUAAUCUGCUAAAGGGGGCAAAAAUAUACAUUAAAGUCAUGGGAAGCAAAGCCAAUGUAUUGGUAGUUUAUGGAAAAUCCUAUAGCAUGGUAUAUUUGAGAUGGUUGCCCUACUUCUCAGAAUUUGAAAACAUGCCACAGAAGGGGAAAGUGUUGAUAAUGACAGCUCAGAUGGAGCUCAAUUCAUACACCUAUCAAAGGACUUGGGGUACGGACAUCAUUCACGGUGCCCUGUCCUUCACCGUACAUUCCAGUGAUCACCCUGGAUUUCGACAAUUUGCAGACAGCAGAAACCCUUCCAGCACAAAAAAUGAUGGUUUUAUCAGGGAUUUCUGGCAACAGGCCUUUGGCUGUAGAUUCACAAAUUCUACUCCAGACAACAUCAACAAUGACAUCUGCACUGGGGAGGAAAAGUUGGAAAGCCUUCCCGGGCCUUUCUUUGAAAUGAGCAUGACUGGCCACAGUUACAGCAUCUACAACUCUGUCUAUGCUGUGGCCCAUGCUUUCCAUGCCAUGCUCUCAUCUAGACUCGAAGGCAGAGCAGUAGUUGAUGGAGGAGGUUUGAAACUUCAUGUUCAAGGGUGGUGGCAGCUCCAUCACUUUCUGAGAGGCAUUUCAUUCAACAACAGUGUUGGGGACAAGGUUUGCCUCAAUCAAAAUGGGGAGUUAGCAGCUGGAUUUGAUAUUAUAAACUGGGUUUUCUCCACCAACAAGUCCUUUCAGAGAGUGAAAGUUGGGAGGAUGCAUCCACACCUUCCUCCAGACCAAAUGUUUACCAUCGAUGAGGAUGUAAUCACAUGGCACACCAUGUUUAACCAGAUACAGCCUCUGUCCGUAUGCAGUGAUAGUUGCCAUCCUGGAUAUAGGAAGAAAAGAAAAGAAGGGGAGCCAUUUUGCUGCUACGAUUGCAUUCCAUGUCCAGAAGGGAAGAUUUCAGAUAAUAAAGACAUGAAUGACUGUAAAAAAUGUGCAGACGAGCACUAUCCAAACACACAUCAAAGUGUAUGCAUUCCCAAGGAGAUCAGCUUCCUGUCCUAUGAAGAACCUUUGGGGAUCAUUUUAAACAUUUUUACGUUCUCCUUUGUCUUGCUUACAGCUCUGACAAUAGUAAUUUUUGUGAAGCACCACAACACUCCUAUAGUCAAAGCCAACAACCGGAGCCUCACUUAUAGUCUACUCGUCUCUCUGCUGCUGUGUUUCCUGUGUGCACUUCUAUUUGUUGGCCCACCCCAGUGGGUGUUGUGUCUCCUGCGACAAAUGGCUUUUGGCAUGGUCUUCUCUGUGGCUGUUUCUUGUGUGUUGGCAAAAACCAUCACUGUAGUUCUGGCUUUCAUGGCCACCAAACCAGGAAGCAGAAUGAGAAAGUGGGUGGGGAAAAGACUGGCCAACUCCACAGUUCUUUCCUGCUCCCUCGUCCAGGCAGGCAUUUGUACUUUAUGGCUGAUAACCUCACCCCCGUUCCCUGAUGUUGACAAGCAUUCAAUGAGGAAAGAAAUUGUACUGAUGUGCAAUGAGGGGUCCGUGACUCUGUUUUACUGUGUCCUGGGCUACAUGGGCAUUUUGGCCCUCGUGAGCCUCACCGUUGCUUUCCUUGCCAGGAAGUUACCGGACAGUUUCAAUGAAGCCAAAUUCAUUACUUUUAGCAUGUUGUUGUUCUGCAGUGUUUGGCUCUCCUUCAUCCCAACAUACCUGAGCACUAAGGGGAAAUACAUGGUUGUUGUGGAGAUCUUCUCUAUCCUCUCUUCCUCUGCUGGCUUGCUAGCUUGCAUCUUUUUCCCAAAAUGUUAUAUUCUUCUCUGGAGAUCUGAACUAAACAGCACGGAACAUCUAAUAAGGAAGUAA